AUUUAUUCAUUAUACCUAUAUUAGUCAUAUAAAUUAGUACAAUUUUGAAUUUUAAAUACUUGAAGGUUUUAGAUAGACAAUAAAGAAAUAGACUAUGAUAAUAGUCAUAGUAAAAUUGUUGUAGAUAAUAGAUAUAAUAUUAUAGUUAGGUAUAUACCUACUUUGAUUGUUUAAUUUUUUGAAUUCUUUUUUAUUUACUUAUAUAUCUGUACAUCUGUUUCAAACGCAUACAGGUGUGAUUUAGAUAACACGUCCCGUGUAUUAAGAUAAACAAGUUUGAAACUGUACUUGUGUUUGAAUUUGAAAACAUAAAGCUGAUAAGAUAUUGAAAAUGGAAACUCUGAAACCUAAAUGUGUAUACCAAGAAGAACGUUGGACACGUUCCUUGAUUACAAUUGACAAUUUACCAGACAAUUUUGAACAUUUAAAAGUUAAUAACCAUUCCAAAAUCCGAAACAUGCUUGGUUUUGCAAUAAAAAGUUUUGAACACUCUAAUCAUCUAGUAUGUAGUGCCAGUGGUCCAUCAGUUAACAAGGCUGUAACAUGUGCAGAAAUAUUGAAACGACAGAUGCCCGAGCUUAAACAAGUCACUGGUAUUGGAUAUAGAAAUGUAAGAAUGAUUAAGGAUGAGAUGAUUGAUGGUAAAGUCUCUCAAUCAAUUACUACAAGAAGAUUACCUUCAAUCCAUAUUCUUUUAUCCAAAAACCAUCUUCAUCCUAAUUUACCUGGAUACCAGGGAGCUGACAAAGUAUCAGAUCAUGUUAGUAGACCAGUGCCUCGCAAAACAUUUGAAAAGAAUGAUUACCGCGGUACUAAGGAGAGUAAAAUUAUGGCUCUUUAAUUGAAGUUGUUCCAUCUUCUUCAGUUCGUAUACCUUGCAUAAUUGCAUCAGGCAUAGGCACAAUCAGGUUUUCUUUUGCCAUUAAGCUGUAUUUGAUCACAAAUUUUGUAAACCUCUGGCAUAAGUAUGUUUCAUUCUGUAAUAUUUUAUCAUUUUACACAAUUAUAAUCUAUUACAUAAUUAUUGAUACAUAUUGUAUUUGUAACUACUUUUAAUGAAAUAAUAAUUUUAUAUUUUGAAUACUUUACCUCAAAUUUAUUAUAAAUGUUUUGAUGAUGGUAGUAUGCAUGGGAAAAUAUCCUAUAUACUCGUCGACAAACAGAUCCCAAUUUCGCCACCGAUGAUUCCUUAAUAUUAACCCUAAAAUAAAUAAUACUUUUAAAAUUUUAUAUUUUAUUAAUUAAUUAACUGUUGAUUUUUAGUUUUAAACAUUAAAAUAAAACUUAUGUACUAUUAUAUUAUAACAUACAAGGUUGUAAAAAAAAAAACUAUCAUUGGUAGCUUUUAUUUAUAUUAUAACAGUAUACUAAAGUACAAAUCUUUAUAACUUAUAUGUAGCAAAAUGUAUUUUAUCAUAUAUUUAAGUAAAAUAUUUUAAUGUAAGCCGAUACUUGAAAAUAAAAUUUCAAUAUAUCUAA